UUUAACAUGGCAACAAUGGCAACAAGUCAUGGGCUGUCGGUUUUAACCAAUUCUUGCAUCAAACCACCCGUUAAUCCAGAUUCAGGACUCUCGUCUACUUAUGAUAAACGACCAGAGGGUUGUUACAGGUAUCAAGAAAAUGUUGACAUUGCCGAAAUUAACGAUUUUGAGCUCCAAAAUAGCAACGGCGGCAAUGUCGGGCGCAUACUCUCAAACGUCCCUUUGGACGAUGUUGCUUCGCACUUGCAUUUACUGUCUGACGACGAAUUUUAUGACAGACUCUUGACCUUAAAGGAAGAACAGAAGAAAACCCUUCAGAGAUGUGAAGAUAUGUACCGACAGAAACUACUGAUGGAACAAGGCUUGACAACACAAGAUGCAGUUGAUGACAUCUUUCACCGGAAUGAAGUCAGGCCAACCGUGAAUGGACAUGUCUCAGACUCAGAAGAUUCUCUGGCCAUCACUGGAUUUCUCCACACACACCACACAGAUCAAGUAAGAGAUAUGACUAGGAAACCACCCAUAUCCCCAUUGGUCAAACACGCCUUAAGACAGGGAGAAAGAUCACAAGCAGUCAUGUCUCAAACCCUCCCGGUCAGAUCACGAGUUUUUAAAGAACGGCCAAGUUCAGCCCCAGCCGCUGGGAGACAUUACUCAAAAAGUUUGGAUGGAGAUGACUGGCAAGAAGAUCUACGACAAUCAGCAGACGAAAGUGGUAAUGAAGAACUUCUUGAGAGAUCACAGAAUAAAUCAUCUGAAGAAUUAUCCACUGCUCUUAGUAGGAUUGAAGACAUGUGGGACAAUUUUUCUAUUGAUGAUUAUGUGAAAAGGGAAAGAAGACAUUCAUCUGCAUCUCUUGUGAAACAAAAGAAAAGUAACAAGCCUGAAGAUAACUGGAGACAUAGGCUUACCAUACCACAGCCUUUUAAAAUGACAUUAAGAGAUGAAAUGAAAGAAAAAAAGAAAACUUCCGCACAAAUUGAGUUAGAAAUUAAGAGAUUAGAAAGAGAGAAACAGGAUGAGGUGGAAUGUCAGAAAAAAUUUAAAGCAUCUCCUGCUCCGGCCCACAUCUACCUGCCACUGUAUGAUGAGAUACAGGAGAAGAAUGAAGCACGACGCAGAUACGUGAGACAGUACUGCACAGAAAUGCUAAAAUCUCAAGAGAAACCAUUUAACUUCAUGACUCGAGAGGAAGAAAAAAAAAGGUCGAAACCCGCGCCAGCACCAGUGGUCAAACCAGUAAAGCAGAAGCCAGUUUUCAAGGCGAAACCAGUGCCAGAGUAUCUCUAUGAUGACUCAGUUAAUGAAAAGUUAACGGAAGAGGAAGAAUACAGGAAAAUUCGCAUUCAGAUGAGGUCAGAGGAAUUAUUACGUGAAUCAUCUCUACCUCCAAACAUGGCAGCUAGGCAAAUGAUGAAGGAGGAGAAACUGAAAGCGAAGGCCUUGAAAUCUAAGAAGCGACAUUUUAAACCUAAAAUCAACCGUCAUGUACCAGAUUAUGAUGCAUUAUUUAACCAGUUCCAGAGGGAGCUUGCCAGGCGGAAGCGACAGAGAGAUGCAACUAUUAUGGAACCUUUUGAUUUGGAAACUGAGAGAAUUCCAUCAAGGAGAGAGAGGAUUUUAAGGGAAAUUGAGCGGGAUGAACAGUUACGGAGGGAAAACAGGUGGCCAUACAGAUCUGGACGCAUGACACCAAGAUCAACAGGGAUUCUCUCAACAUCUAUGGAUUCCAUUCCUGCAAAGACUACCUACAGCAGUCAACUAAGAGAAAGUGUGACUAGAAAUCAUCGCCAGAAGCUGACACAGCGAGAACAAGAAGAACUGGAAGAAGAGAGAAGAAGAAGAAUACGAGAAAUGAGACUGAGGAAGACAAUCUCUGAGAGAUCAUCUGUAGAUGGUGCAGGAAGCCGACGUGAAACAGUCGUUGAAAGGUUGAGGAAACACAAAGAGGGGGAGAGAUCUCGUCAAGAAGAAUAUGAAAGAGAGCUGCAGAAAAUGCAGGAGAAAGUACAACAAAGACCAAUGUUGUUUGAACGACAAUCACAGGUAAAUGCCAGAAAAGUAGCAGAGAAGAAAUUCUCCAACACUUUGAAAAGUGUUGGACUAGAUGAAGAUUUCCUACACAGCCGUAGUUCGGCGACUCACAGUCACAGUUCCGUGUAUAACAGUCAGGUUGUGGAUGGUGACAACUACGAUGACGACAGUUUUGAAGACACUGCCCUCAAGUCUACAGAGAUGGAUGAUGAUUGAAUGACAUAUUCACUGUUUUACUACUGCAAAGUCAAAGGGAAAAUAUGUUAGAAAUAACAACUUCAGUGAAUAUUGCAUUUUGUGAAUGAAGGCAAUUUUGCUGUACCUGUCUAUAGAAAUUCCUGGCACAUUCCGAAAUUUUUAGAAUGAUUAAAUUCUGACUACUUUCUUACCUAUCAUUUGAUUGUUUUGUUUAUUUCAAUAUUCACAGCAUAUUCUUCAGAAAGUAUAUUUAUUAAUAUAGACUAUUUAUUAUUAUAUUUGUUAUGAAUUGAUGUCAUUAUGUGUUUCACAGUCCGUCCAUAUUGUUAUACACUCGACAGUAUUUAGUUAACACAUUCACUGUAAAUAGUAUAAAGUAUAUGUUAUCACAUAACUUGACCUUCAUUUAUCUUUAGGAAAUAGUUCCCUGCAUAAGUAAAGUACCAUUAUAUAACAGUGCCUUCAAUAACAGUGUUGUCAUAUUUCCUGUUACACCUUUCUCAUCAGAGAACUCUUUCCUUGCAAACACUUAUGAUGUUAGCGCCAUAAUUGCCUCUGGAAUUCUGUUCUUCCUGUGGAAUAAAACAUUUGGCCCUUAUUAAUAGGUGCCAUUGUAAUGGGCGACUUGAGACACUGAUCAGGCCUUGCGUUGCCGCAAUUGUUUAGUGGUCAGUAUAUGCAGAUGACAAUAUCUAUCUACCUCACUGUUAAUACAAUGUUUGCUCCAUAGCCAUAGGUUUGCAGGUUAGAAUUGCUGGCACAUUCCUCAUUUUAUUCAUUUGUGUUGUAGAAACUGUAAUUCCCUUUUUAAUCCCUACUCAGCACAGAGAACAUUGGGAGUACUGCACGAGAUCUAAAGUUUGAGUAUUUGUAACUUUAUAGCAUUAAAAUUGUAUUGUUUAGGUACCAGUAACUAGAGGUAUGGAGCAGUUCAGUGUGACAUAUUUCAGUUUAAUUAUGACAUGGCUGACCACAUGUAAAUACAAAAGAUCUGAUUUUGUUUGAAAAGUUGACGCUGUUCGUUAUCAAUUUUACCUCCUGUUUGUCUGCGUCAAGUGCUUUUAUUCCUGUUGUAGUGUCAAGUGCUUUUAAUCCUGUUUUGUACUUCCUGUAUCUGUGAUAUCUACUCUUAUACAUGUCUGUACAAUGCAGAAGACAGCCAAUUUGAUGGCCAAUAUGUAUUUUACUUGUAUUUUAGGGGAAAUAGAUCUAGCGAUUCUGUUCCAUAUGAAAUAAAACUACUUUUGUA